AGAAGUCAUAGUGAUCGGUUUCGUGGGUUUCGUGUGUGAAAAAAAAGAAACAUAAUUUGAAAAAAUAUACACAAUAUUGAAGUAAACUAUAAUUAUGAUUGUGUCUUCAUUUUAAAUAAAAGAAAACCCGACAAUGGCAUAGUCGGUAAAGUGAAUUUGCGCUCCCUAAUUGUGGUGUUUUUUUGUAAAUAAAGUGAUUGUAAGUGAUUGUGUCUGACGGCCAUUUUUUUGGUUUCUUUCGGCUGAUGCCCCAGCAAAUAUGGCUUUGUUGUUGCCGCAUUUUCCAGGCAUUUUCCAAAUGAGUGGCCCUCGCGAAGUUCUACUCCAGUUCCUGAAGCUGUGUGCGGACGGAAUCCACCAAUUGGAUGGCCACCUGGCGUCGAAUGCCAUCCUGGAGUGGACGGGAGUCACCGUAAAGGGGAAAUCGCGAAUCGUCAAAUUUAUGCGGCACAAGCAACAGGACGGGAUGGUGCAAAAAUUCGAAAAUGCCGAUCUGGUGCAGCCCUUCGAAGAACGGGAUACGCACAUAUCUACUAUGUGCACACCGCUGGAAAACUUGAUCACACCAUCCACAGAAGAUGAUUCUUCCCAUUCGGCGAUAACCAAAUCCUACAAAGAACCUUCCUCCCCGAACAUGAAUCUGAGCUUUGAGACGCCCCCUCGACUACAUUCGAUCGCAACGGAGCCGCCUCCCCUGACCGCAGGCCGCCAGUUCCUUCCACUUUCCUCCAGUGAUGAAGAAGACACAUCACCGCCUCAUCUCACGCCAGAAAGUCCCGCACCGCCAAGCGAACCCCGACAAAACAUCUAUUCCGAGCUACAGUACCUGGAAGCGAUUGGCACCGUACGAACGUGCUAUGAAUCAAAGCACCGUGGCACCCGUACCUCUCAUCACAUUCCCCGAGAAGAAACCUCUCCAUCAGACGACGCAAACUCAUCGAGCGCCACAAACCCCGAUUCCGUCGAUCCCACCCUCAAGCGAACCAAACUCAAACUCUCCUACCGAUAUCACCUACAGACCACCGAACCGCAGUUCGCUCUCAUCAUCUACGAAGACCUGACGACACGUUCCAGUAAAGUGCGACGCAACUUGUUUUCCGAUGCCAUCGAUUCCGAUUGGGCGGAACCUUCCUCCCCGGCCAACAACCCGCCGGCAUCGGCUAGCGGUGCUUCUCCGGAAGCGCGUCCCCUACCGGACACCCCUCCGCCGGCGCCAUCUCCGCCACCCGGAGAAAUAACGCCCCCUCAGACCCCUCUGGAACCACCAGGAACCCCCCAUCGACAACGCCGUAUUCCACCGGUUGGAUUUCGAACCUCACCUCGACGAUCGCGGGCGAUCAUGAAUUUCACCAUAGCCGCCGAUGAGCCCAACGGAAGCAGUUCUACUAAUGGCGGGGGCAACAACAACAACAACAACCUACAAACGUGGCCUCGCAAGACGCACCCCGACGGAGGAAGCCCUGGUGGUGCUUCUGCUGCCAAACACCGAAAGCUUGGCACCGGAACGACAACCGUACGAAAACCGUUGCGGUUCUGAUUGGUUUCUACCUGGAUAGCGCCAUAGCGCAUUCGUUUCAGUAUCAAUUUGUUUAAUGUUAAUAUAUUUUGUAAAUAUAUUUUAAUGUAUAUUUUUCGA